UCUUUAUGCAUAAAAUGCAAAUACUACAAAAACAUCAGUAAUCCCAAAUGAGAUUUAAGUCCCGCAGCUUUGCGUAUAUAAAGUUGGAAGCUCCGCUCCAUGGUCACAACGUCGCCAAACAUCUCCAGACCAACAUGGCUUUCCAAAUCCGAAUCUUCUCAACUAUCGCUGUUUUCCUCCUGGUCACUUGGAUGUUCCUCAGCGACGCUCAAGCUCAGGUAACCUUCUCUCGGGACUGGAAUCCGGGGAAAAGAGGCGAAAAUCCGGAUUUUCAUAACGCGAUGAAAACGGCUUCCGCGGUUUGCCAUCUGCUUAUAAAUCAAGUGCGCCAAUUGGCUACUUGUGACAACAGGGACGAGAUUGAACCCGGAGCGAAUAAUAUUUUUGGCGGACGACGAUAAAACGACACGGUGACAGGAGUCCGGAUUAUAGAUGUUAGCUAUGUACUUUAUUAAAUAUUUAAUUGACGUGAAGCUGAUUUGAAUUUCCCGCCUUUUUAUGUUGGGGAAGCACAUAUUAGUGGGAUGAAAAUAAAAUUUAAACAUUUAGGAAAA